CCCUUCAUGAGCAGCUUCAUCUCGUCGCUGCUGACUGACCUCGGACUUCUUACCCGCACACCUCCUCGCCACUCUCAACCGUCGGAACUUCCUCAAAGCGGACAAACAAAGUCAUCCUCAACCAGUGAAAACAACCAACCCACUAUUAUCGAUCAGAACUCCGAUCGUGGAGACUCAGAUUCUUUCGCCGGAGAUGCGGGGUCUUUGCCCAGCCCUCCUUUCUUUCAAACCUUACCGAAAGACAUGGAUGGCCGCACUGCAGACCUCUCGGUCACUCGACCUCUAACCCGCGAAUCCAUGGCCGGAGAUCGAAUCGACAAUGUAAGCGGGUCCGAUCGAAGCAAUGAUCAAAUGAGCCAUCAGGGUCUGUCUACUCAGCACGAAGAGUCAGCUGAAUUAACGAACGGGUCACGCAGUACCGACCCAGGCCCGGAAUAUGAAACAAGGGACGGCACUCAACAAAGUCCGGGUCAAACUUUUGAUAUUGAUGAGCUGGGGAAAACUUCGUUACCGGCGGACGAUGGCAUGGGGCUGCUUAGGAAUAAAAUCCAUGCCAUACGGGACUUGGAUCUCAACAACAACGAAAAGGCACGAAGGGUUCAUUACCUCAUGACGGAAAGCUAUAAUUCUUCUCGACCACUACCGCCUCUUUCUCCAAUGCUUGCUUCUACUUGCUUGGAUGUGCCCGCAAGUCCAUUAUUUCAACAGGUGAAGCCAGUGGAUUCGAGCCCAACGAGCCCCACACUGCCCGCGUCAAAUCCCCAAUAUGAAAGCCUGUUCAAUCUCACAGCCGAAGAUUUGCAACCUACAUAUGUGCCGAGAGUUGAACCUGAAUCACCCGUAGUGGAGACAGGCGAGGAGGAUCCAGAUACCGAGGUGUUGGACGGGGCGCUGCUAGGCUGCCAGCACUACAUGCGAAAUGUCAAACUUGAGUGCUUCACUUGUAAGAAAUGGUAUACCUGCCGUUUCUGCCAUGAUGAGCUUGAGGAUCAUCAUCUGGUUCGCCGAGACACAGAAAAUAUGUUAUGCAUGCUGUGUGGCCAUCCUCAGCCUGCUGAUCAGCACUGUAGGCAGUGCGGUGAACAGAGUGCGCAAUAUUAUUGUGAUAUCUGCAAGCUCUGGGACAACGAUUGCGAAAAAAGCAUCUACCAUUGUAGCGAUUGUGGUAUAUGCCGGAUUGGCCAAGGGCUUGGAAAGGAUUUCUUCCACUGCAAGACUUGCUGCGUCUGUCUACCAAUUUCGAUCGAAGACACACAUCGGUGUAUUGAAAGAUCCACCCAAUGCGACUGCCCCAUCUGUGGGGACUACAUGUUCACUUCUCCAGAAACGGUGGUUGUGAUGCGUUGUGGUCAUAGCAUGCAUCGGAAAUGUCUAGGAGAAUACUCGAAGACCUCUUUUCGUUGUCCAAUUUGUAAUAAGACUAUCGCCAACAUGGAGUCGACAUUCAGAAAUCUGGACCGGACAAUCGAGAGCCAGCCCAUGCCUGCCGAGUUCAAGGAUACAAAGGGUCUCAUUUAUUGUAACGACUGCGGUGCAAAAUCAGUUGUCAAGUACCACUGGCUUGGCUUGAAAUGUGAUUUGUGCGAAUCUUAUAAUACAGCUCAAAUCCGACUACUACAAGGAGAUGUGUCUGCCGUACUUGCAGAGGAGGGGGUUGAUGACCUCCCAACGCGGACCCGAUCAUCAUCCUUAAAUGCCAGUGAGGAGCCGACAAUGUCACUGAGAGCACUACAUCUCAACACGAACCCGGCACCUGAGUCACGCCUUGGGGUUCCAACACCUGCUGGACCAGAUCAAAGCUCCGUACCAUACAAUAUGACGCGCGGCCGUGCGAUUUCCCCGGUCGUCAGUAACUAUUUUGGCCUGCCUCCAGAGCGAGAAUCCGAAAAGCCCUCAUCUUUACCUUUUUUUGGCGGCCCAUCGCGACCGGAUAAUGAGACAGAUUACGGGGCUUUGAAUUUCCUAAGCAAGAAGCUUCGAGAUCGCUAUGGAUUCCUUGCAGGCGAUACAAUAGCCGAGGGCCCAUCAGAAAUGGAUGAAGAUGACGAGGCAGAGUCCUCGAACGAUUCGGCCUCAGAUGAGGAUGAGGAUGACGAUGACGACGAGGAGGAGGAGGAUGAGUAUAUGGAUAUUUUCGGUCACCGAUGA